AUUUCCGAUUUGUGAGUCGAGAGAGGAGUAUGAACAUUCUCUUCGAACAGUCUUGGGUAGCUUCCAACGUUUCGUGCCAACCGAUUGUCGAUGUACAAUGGUACAACAAUCAACAAACAGCGUAAGCUUUAAAUAAUUAUGAACAAAAACAAAAUAACUAUGAUCCUUAAGCCUUUGUUAAUCGCGAAUCUUUAGAUAUUUCCGCUUAAAUUAUUUAAUAUAAAUAUUCUGUAUAAUAGUAUCUCCAGCGGCUGCAUGUAAAUUGAUAAUCUUGGAGAGGAUGAGGGACGGAUUCUGCGAUCUCUUCAAAUUUAUUGAUGUUUUCAUGCUCUUUCAUUGCUCUCUCUAUCUGUAUCUCUCCCAUAGCAAUUUCAUCUAUUUACUCUCAUUUAAUCGAACGUCCUAUGAAGCGUAUGAUUACGAUAAAAAUCGAAAAUUAUCACGCACGUAUAUGGCAUAAAAGGCAAUGUUUUAGGUGAAUUUCGCCAACGAAUACUCGAGUGUUGACCAUAAAAGAGAAAAACAAAACUAUUUAGACUAUGCAAUGAAUUUUCCUUUUAAACGAGAGUUUGCUUUGUAAGUACUAAAUAGUUGUUUACCUGUGUACGUGUAUUUUAAUAGAAUACCAAAUAUAAAAAAUGAAAAGGGGUAAUCAUCAGAUAGGUGUGUGCUGUUAAGUGUAACAUUAUAUAUAGGAUAUGCAUAGUGUAUAUACAGUAUAUGUAUACUGUCUAUACUGUAUAUAUAUUUAAAUAUAAAUAUAUAACCGUACAGCAAUGUUCUGUAAAAUUUGUAUUUUUUUUAACAUUAGUCAUUUUUUUUUCCAUAAAAUGUGAAAAGUACGCGUUACUGUACGCCCAAUCGAUUGCCUUUAUUAGUUGACCUAUUGAACUUGGGGCGUCUCUGCUUUUCUCGCCAUCGGUUUUUCUAUACAUUUAUUGUUAUAUGUACAGCACUCACGCAGAACAUGCUAUUGUUUCGGCUAAAGCCAGCGUUAUGAUUUAUGAUGAUGCUACAAAAAAAUGGAUGCCGGCUGGAGGAGGAGCGAAUCAAAUUUCUAAAGUACAAAUUUUUCAACACGCUACCUAUGGAUCUUUUCGGGUUGUUGGGAGAAAGUGUCAAGGUCACGACGUCGUUAUUAACUGCAAUAUCCUACGUGGUUUGAAAUAUAAUCAAGCAACUCCUACUUUCCAUCAGUGGAGAGACACAAGGCAAGUUUACGGUUUGAAUUUUGCCAGUAAAGAAGAUGCCGAAGCGUUCGCCCAUGCCAUGCUUGCUGCCCUCGAUCAAUUGAAUAAACAAAUCCAGAACGGUCCUGAAUUAGGGGAUUAUACAGACCAUACUUCAAGAUUGAAAGACAAUAGGGAGGAAUACCAGCAUCAUAAACGCUCAGAUUCCAGAGGUAGAGAACCGGUUUAUGGAACAAUCUCAUCGAGUGGCAGCUCACAACAUUGGGAAAAUGGAGGUAAUACGCCACCGCCUGCCGUAGUUCCGCAAGCUCCACCGAUUCCAAGAGCUCCGGCUCCAACUUCAAUUCCCGCUGCUCCGGUUCCUCCUCCAACUCAAUCUAUUCCAACAGUUCCAGCUGCUCCAGCUGCUCCACCCGCUGCGCCACCAAUAGCAAAUAUACCACAAGCUCCACCACCACCAGCAAUAUCGUCUGCUCCUACACCUCCAGCAGCUCCGGCAGCUCCAGCCGCUCCAGCACCUCCAGCAGCUCCUCCUGCGCCUAUUACGCAGGCAUCUUCUGCAAACGUUACAGCUGCUCCCCCGGCCCCAGAGCCCCCUUCCCUUGCUGCGGCCCUACAAAAUGCCACUCUGCGUAAAGUCAAAAAGCCUGAUGAUAAGGGAACGUCGAAUAAUUUGGAGAAAUCUGAACCAGUAAGCGGACCGGCUGGACAUGGAGAUAUGUUAUCCGAAAUGCAGAAAAAAUUGCAAAAGAGAAGGGAAAUUGCAGAAGGCCGUUCAGAUGAUAUAAGUCAAACGUCAAACAAUAUUUCCAAUUUUCGAAGACCGUCUCUUAAUGCGGCGUCUAAAACGAAUGGAUCGGAAAGCCCAAAACCCACUAGAGUCAAUAGAUUACAGUCUCUUACUGGUCAGGAAAAUAUCUCAAUGGCUACUGGAGCAGAAAAUACUUCAACAACUGAUUUGGAUGGCUUAAAACAAGAAAUUUUAACCGAAAUGAGAAAAGAAAUAGCUAAAAUGAAACAAGACAUAAUUGAAGGUAAAUUGAGUUAA